CUACACAAUUAUUUAAUGUGGCAGCUGAUCAACAACUACAUCGAUGAUCUCAGUUGGGAUUACGUGCAUGCCAGACGAGACUUUAUCAACACCAUGUACGGAACCAAGGACGCUUCAUCCGGAUAUGCAAACUGUUUUCAAGUGGUAGGCAACUAUGCGACCAACAUCCUGGAGCAGAUCAAGGAGGAAAUGUACCAGGCCAUCUCUAGCUUCAGCUGGAUGACCGACGACAACAAGCAGUCUGCUAAAACCAAGGUAAAGGAGGGCCUGUACAAGAUCGGUUAUCCGGAUUUUAUGGUUAACGACACAUACAUGGACUCGUUGCACUCCAUAAUUACCAUCAACGAGUCAGACUAUUUCAGCAACGUGGUCAGCCUAAACCUGAUCUCCAGACAAAAGUUCAGCGAUCUCAUUGCCAAGCCAAACUCCAAAACGUUGUGGGCCUACUCGGUGUAUGCUGCACGGAUAGAAUACUACAAUCCCUGGCAUGAACUCAUUGCCACGGCAGGCAUGAUCCAGAGUCCACUGUUUGCCCAUAACGGUCCGGCAUAUUACAAUUUUGGAGGCGUCGGCUCCCUGUUAGCCAGGAGUCUCAUACAUGCGGUAGAUGAGAUAGGAAGUAUAUACAAGCUGGACCAAACCAACCCUGGAAUCUGGUGGUCCCAGUUUACACAACAGCACUUCAAGGACAUCAAGCAGUGCGCUAUAGAUGCCCAAAAAGAUACUCCGAUAGGUCCGUUCGUAGUCUCGGAAGGAAGCUCCUAUACACCAAACAGCACGUUCAUAGCUUCCGCCUAUGUCCCGGAGUUACUAGCUGACGCCAGCGGUCUCAAGUUGUCAUACAAAGCAUACAAUGCAAAAAUGACAAGAGCAGGCACAGAAAAGAUUCCGGCAGGGUUCCCUAAUUAUUCUUUAAACAAACUGUUCUUUAUUGCUUUUGCACAGAUAAAUGUUGCAUAUUUUGGAAAUUAUAAUUUCCACAGUAACGCCAUGUUUUCUGUUGCCAGGGUAAACAUGGCUGUCUCCCAGCUUCAGGAAUUCAGAGACACAUUUGGAUGUAAAGUCGGGGACCCGAUGGCUCCAGCAAAGACUUGCACACUGUUCUGA